GCAUACCACCUAGCUCAUCGCUUUGGCUCACAUUUAGCUCACGGGUCUUUCUCAGCUCAAUGGUACUUUAGUCAACGUCUUAAAGUCAAAGUUAUUGAAUCAAAUUUAACUGUGGGCCUUGCUAAAGGUCAUUAAAAAUUGAGUGUUGAGAUUCUGAGGCUUAGUGAAGAGUGUUGCUGUUGUACCUAGCUAGUACACGCACUCGUCCAUGCUCAUAGUCCAUAUAUCUUGAUCAAUUCAUACUACGAUUGUUCAAAGAAAUGGCUCAGAAUGUGCAAAUCUGUGAAAUAUCAAAUGAAGCCAAAGAGAGCAUCAGGAAAUUCCGGUUUAGAAAGGAAACCACCAAUGCCGCAUUGAUUUUGAAGGUGGACAGCGAGAGCCACACCGUGUUUGUGGACGAGGAGCUGGACGACCUCGCCGGGCUGGAAGAGCUGCGGGCUGAGCUGCCCGAGCACCAGCCGCGCUUCGUCAUCUACUCGUGUCGCCUGGAGCAUACGGACGGACGAGUCAGCUAUCCCAUGAUCUUCAUAUUCUCAACGCCAAAAGACGCCAAGCCGCAGCUCCAGAUGAUGUACGCGGGCAGUAAGCUCUCGCUGGUCAAGGAGGCCGACCUGACCAAAGUCUACGAAGUUCGUGAACUGGAGGAGCUCACAGACGACUGGAUCGUGGAGAAGCUCCAAAAAUGAGCUGUCACCGCCGCCGCCGCUGCUGCCACCUACCGGUCGGUCGGCGACAACUGAGGGCGGGGUGGAGUGCGGGCAUUCGUCGCUGGCGCCGGGGUGGCCGGAAGGAGAUUAAACAGAUCAAAAGCAGGAAAAUUCGGUGCCAUCACCUGUGCGGGUUGGUGGGCAGGAAUUUCCGUAAUGUAAUGUAAACACGCUAUCCCUGGUUGGUAACGUCCUGUGCGAUUCAUGGGUCAUUUACCACAUUAGAUCACAAUAUUUUAUUUUGUCGCAAUUUGUUUGUGACAUAGAUUCAUGUAGUGCCUUUUCAAGCUCUCUCCCUAUAAAUGCACAAUGCAUAUGUUUAUGGGGAAAUUUUUAUUCGCUCUAGGUUUUUGUUUUGUUUUAUGGUACGUAUUACGUAACAUUUAAAGAAAAAUUGUAGUUAGUUAACACGAAUCACAUUUAAAUUCCUUCACAAAUUGCGCUGAAUUAUUUGCGAUAGUAGCCUUACAUAUUCCAUUUGGUAGGGUCACGGACGAAUGUCAUUCACGCUGAUCUGACUAGGCAGGAAAAAGUAUACGUCUUUUUAUGACCAAUUUUAUUCCCUAUUCAAAGCUGUGCUCGUCUACUUAGCCCGACAUCCCUUGUAAGACGCUAUCCAAGAUAGCGGUACAUACCUGUAAAAGACUGAUCUAACAAGUUGGAGCGUUACAUACUAACGUAUCGUUACUGAUAACCAUUUUUCUCGCAAACUCUCCGUCGAGGACCAGGCGUGACACUUUCCAACCAUUUGACCAUAUCUUCCGACACUUUACACAAGUUUGUCUGUGGUUUUCUGGAGUUAAUGCAUUAUGACCUAAAUCAUAUGUUCAUUGUCAGAUCGCAUGUAGGUAUGUAAAUUCCCACAUGUUUCCUGCACUGUGAGUCCGUUCUUUCUUUCCGUUUGCGCUGUGUUGGAGCUCUGUGGCUUUGUCGUAGCUCUAUCCUUCCUGGAUAUGAACCAAAUAAGACCGUAUGACACUCAUAUAAUCGGAAAGACAUUAGACAUUCCUUGUUUUAUCGUUCUGACUAACAACUUUGCAUCUUAUGUUUUGUUCAAAUACUGAUCAAAUGAUUUUGAUUGUGUUGAGCUACAUUACGUGGGCUCCUUUUUAUGCUGCAGUGUCCGCACCGGUCCUGCCUCAUCAGCCUUCUUGCCAUACAUAGAUUAGCUUUACUUUGUUGCCUUACGUUUCCGAUUUUUUAUCAACAUCUUGCAACCAAUUAAUAGACACACUGUUGCUCAAUUUUAUCCAAACCUAUUGAUAUCUUGUGAAUAGUAAGCGAAUGGCUUUUUCUUUAUAUGUCUUUGGGUGGAUCUUAUUGUUUCCUUAUGUCUCUACUCUUGGUAACUGUGGCUAUGUUACCAUUAUCAAUCGGCAAGUCAAUGUCCCCCGAUUCGUACGAAAGCACAUUUUAGCUACAGGUAAUGCCAGGAAUGCACCACGAUCUAUUUUGAUAUACGUUGUGCCAAGAAAGCUUCCAUUCAUCGUGCAUUUAUCGAAUAAUGUAUCUUACAAAUUGUGGGUUGUGGAACGUUGAAGGAUGUAAAAAAAGUACUUGUCUCACAAACAUCAUUUAUGCCUUGGUCAUGCUUUUUUCACAAAUGCUGCGUGGGUGUUUGGUCGUACACGGAUGUUUUAAUCGCUAUGCAUAUGAUUGUGUCGCAUUGGGUUUGAAUUUGUUGAAAUUUUGUAUAUUCUGGUGGCAAUUGCACCAGAAAAGGUCUCCCCCGCGAGUAUUCUGUGGACUUUUCUAUGAACUCUUGGGCAAAAUGUUAACAUCUGCUUAAAUAUUGAUAGUAAAAAGUAUAUACAACAUGCCAUGUGAUUCAAACGCGCUGCCGGCACCGUUGGUUUUCGCACGCAAACACAAUGCUCUACUACUCGCGCGGUACGAAUGCACCUAAGCAGUGGCACCGUAUCCGUCUGUACCCUUUGUAUCGGUCUCUAUCUGUACCGAGGUCCAGCGUCUGUGCUUCACCGGGCGGGCUGGAGGGUCGUACAUUCGGGGGCAGAUUGAUGUUCCACCACUCCCUACCUAUCGGGCUCCCAUGGCUCAGCACUGGCUGCUGCCAGUGGCAGCACUGGCAGCACUGGCACUGGCAGGCAGCAUGGGUGGAGCCUUUCCGAGGAAGUUGGUGGGGCAAAAAGUCGUCAAACUUUCAAUGUCAGAUUCAACUUGAAUAAAAUGUCUAACUAAAACUAUUCCUAUCAUUCCGGAGAUAAUCUUUGAAUUAAACAGACAUUCAAAAGUUCGUCAAUGCGAUAAAAUGAUUGAUUUGUAAAGCAACAAAGUCCUACAAAUGGGCUGAAGUUGGUUGGGCAAAGUGCUUAUUGGUGGGGCAAAAUGGCAAGUUUGUGGGGCAGCUGCCCCACCAACUGUAUAGGAAGCUCCACCCCUGCCAGGCAGUGCUAAGCAGUACUGAGGGCAGGCAACACUGGCUGCUGCCAGUGCUGAGCCAUGGGAGCCCGAUGGGUAGGGAGUGGUGGAACAUCAAUCUGCCCCCGAGUGUACCACUCGGUCUGUCCUUGUAACCGGCAUGUCAGACUCCGUGUGUGCGCGUGCCGGCCGCCUGUGCCUUCUGUUUAGCCUCGCGUAUGCUGGCGUGUUUGUGUGCGUGUUUGUCUACGCACGCGGGGGUGGGGGGCGUGUGCCGUGAGGGGUUUGAAUUGUAGCGAGGCGCGCGUGAUCUGUAUUAUGCAAGGUCAUGUUUUUGCUAUUCAGUAGCUGAGUGCCAGGCGGCGCUGCCGCGUUAGAGACCCGCAGUCUGUUUGGAUUAGUUAGUUCGGUUAAUUAAUAUAUGCGUUGCGUAGGAGUAGACUAAACACAGGUUCCGAGGCUCGUGGUCGUGGUGAGUUGCCGGUUUUUGUCCACGAUACCCGCAAGGUUAACAUGUGUACCAAUACCAUGACCUGUGGACCAAAGAUUUGUGAUUCAUUUUAGUCAACGCUGAAUUGGAUAUUUCAUAUAUACUCGUGCUUUUUGGUCAUGUUGUUUUUGUGCACAAAUACAUACGAUCAAAUGCAGCGAA